AUGAUCAUCAGCUUUUCGAAAAUUGCUGAGAGGUGGAACUUUAAGGCUCUUCGCCAACAAUUUGAAGCGCUGGGUGCUAACCAGUCUCGACAAAGACCGUCGUCGGCAUCGCCGGCCGGUUCAUCGGGAUUAUGGUUCUUUCUCCGCCCUAGUCCACCCCAUCCCUUCUCUCUCCACUACCUUCCCCAAAUGGACUUCGCCAGCCGCCAUGCUUCCUCCCCCGAUCACCACCAACAACGACCCGAAACCUCCUCCUCCGCUCCAUCCUCAGCUCCACCCUCGCCAACCCUUGAAGAACCUGAACAUUUGGCCCGUUACAUGGUUGUAAAGCACUCGUGGCGCGGGCGGUACAAAAGAAUUCUGUGCAUAUCCAAUUUCAGUAUAAUUACUUUGGAUCCAUCGACUUUAUCGAUAACGAAUUCGUAUGAUGUGCCGAAUGAUUUUGAAGGGGCGACGCCGAUUCUUGGGAGGGAUGAGAAUUCGAAUGAGUUUAAUAUUAGCUUGAGGACGGACGGCCGUGGGAAAUUUAAGGCGAUGAAGUUUUCGUCCAAUUAUAGGGCAAGUAUAUUGACUGAGUUGCAUAAAAUAAGGUGGAGUAGAAUCGGCCCCAUUGCCGAGUUUCCAGUGCUGCAUCUGAAAAGAAGGACUUCCGAGUGGGUUCCUUUUAAAUUGAAAGUUACUUAUAUUGGAGUUGAACUUAUUGAACUGAAAUCUGGAGACCUUCGUUGGUGCUUGGAUUUUAGAGACAUGGAUUCCCCUGCAAUAAUUCUUCUUUCUGAUGCUUACGGGAAGAAAAAUACUGACAAUGGAGGUUUUAUUCUUUGUCCUUUGUAUGGAAGAAAAUCUAAAGCUUUCCAAGCUGCUUCAGGGACUUCAAAUACUGCUAUUAUAUCAAAUUUGACAAAAACUGCAAAGUCCAUGGUCGGAUUGUCAUUAGCCGUGGAUAGUUCUCAAUCACCUACUGUAGCCGAGUAUAUAAAGCAGCGAGCCAAAGAGGCUGUCGGGGCAGAAGAAACUCCUUGUGCUGGGUGGUCUGUGACAAGGUUGCGAUCUGCUGCCCAUGGAACGCUGAAUACUCCAGGAUUGAGUUUGGCACUUGGGCCAAAAGGAGGACUAGGGGAACAAGGUGAUGCUGUAUCUUGUCAACUCAUUCUUACAAAGGUUUCACUUGUUGAACGGCGGCCUGAGAACUAUGAAGCUGUUAUCGUCCGUCCUUUAUCUGUUGUGAGUGCUCUUGUGCGAUUCGCUGAGGAGCCCCAGAUGUUUGCCAUUGAAUUCAAUGAUGGAUGCCCCAUUCAUGUUUAUGCAAGCACUUCUCGUGAUAGCUUACUUGCAGCGGUUCGGGACAUGUUGCAAACAGAAGGUCAGUGCCCAGUACCCGUACAGCCGAGGCUAACGAUGCCGGGUCAUCGAAUCGAUCCAGCUUGUGGCAGAGUUCAUUUACAAAUUCAGCAGCUUCCUGUAGGACAACAACGAUCUUAUGCUGAAAUGGAAACUGCAACCAUGCAUUUGAAACAUUUGGCGGCAGCUGCCAAAGAUGCUGUUGCUGAAGGAGGCUCCAUUCCUGGAUCAAGAGCCAAACUCUGGCGUAGAAUAAGAGAAUUCAAUGCAUGCAUCCCAUAUAGUGGAGUGCCUCUUAGCAUUGAAGUACCUGAAGUGACUUUGAUGGCCUUAAUUACAAUGCUUCCAGCUGCUCCCAAUCUUCCUCCAGAAUCCCCUCCCUUGCCACCUCCUUCUCCCAAAGCAGCUGCAACAGUAAUGGGUUUCCUUGCAUGUUUACGAAGAUUACUGGCUUCAAGAAGUGCCGCCUCACAUGUGAUGUCUUUUCCAGCAGCUGUUGGAAGAAUAAUGGGUUUACUCAGAAAUGGUUCUGAAGGAGUAGCUGCUGAAGCUGCAGGGCUUAUUGCAGCACUUAUUGGUGGUGGUCCUGGGGAUACAACUAUAUUAACUGAUACAAAGGGAGAGCGGCAUGCAACAUUUAUGCAUACCAAGGCUGUAUUAUUUGCUCAUCAGAGUUAUCUUAUCAUCCUAGUCAACAGGUUGAAACCAAUGUCUGUAUCGCCCUUGUUAUCAAUGUCUGUUGUGGAGAUUCUUGAGGCAAUGAUAUGUGAACCGCAUGGUGAAACAACUCAAUACACAGUUUUUGUUGAAUUAUUACGUCUGGUAGCUGGCUUGAAGCGUCGCUUGUUUGCAUUGUUUGGGCAUCCUGCUGAAAGUGUAAGGGAAACAGUGGCUGUUAUUAUGCGAACAAUUGCGGAAGAAGAUGCAAUUGCAGCAGAGUCCAUGCGUGAUGCUGCUCUGCGUGAUGGUGCUUUGUUGAGACAUUUGUUGCAUGCGUUUUUCCUUCCUGCUGGUGAACGGCGUGAAGUUAGCCGGCAGCUUGUGGCGCUCUGGGCGGAUUCUUAUCAACCUGCCCUUGAUUUGUUAUCUAGAGUUCUGCCUCCUGGCCUUGUUGCUUAUUUGCACACACGUGCUGAUGGGCUUCUAGCUGAAGAUAUAGCUAAUCAGGACGUAUCUUUGAUGAGCAGGAGGCAGAGACGUUUACUUCAGCAGAGGAGGAUUCGUACUGAAAAAGGAAUAACAUCUCCUGGGCAUUCCUUGCCUAUUAAUAAUUAUGAAGCUAGUGAUCCAGCUCAGCAGACAGGUGGUGUUGCCUUCAGAGGGCCAGAUAGCUAUAUAAAAUCUGCAGUAGAACCAAAUUCUGGGCAGGUGCCAGCUGUUCACUCUUCGGCAGUUCAGGAAAGUGAAAAUUUGCCGAAUGAAUUUUCCUCUAGAGUGGUUCCACAAAGUGAUCAUGCAGUAGCUGUUGUUCCUCCUGAUGCUCCAUCAGUGAAUACAUACGAGCAAGCUGAAUCAAAUGCUCCAAAUGCAACUGAUUUUGAUGUCAACGUGGUCAGUUCCCAGGGUGCGGGCCUUCCUGCUCCUGCUCAGGUGGUUGUGGAGAACACUCCUGUGGGAUCUGGUAGGCUACUAUUGAACUGGCCUGAAUUUUGGCGAGCUUUUAGCCUUGAUCACAACCGUGCUGACUUGAUCUGGAAUGAGCGUACCAGGCAGGAGCUAAGAGAAACUUUGCAGGCAGAGGUGCAUAAACUGGAUGUUGAGAAGGAACGCACUGAAGAUAUUGUUCCUGGGGGUGCAACUUUAGAGAUUAUGACUGGGCAAGAUACUGUGCCUCAGAUAUCAUGGAAUUACAUUGAGUUUUCUGUUAGGUAUCCUAGUUUAUCCAAAGAAGUAUGUGUUGGUCAAUAUUAUCUUCGAUUGCUGCUUGAGAGUGGCUGCAGUGGGAGGGCACAGGAUUUUCCACUGCGUGACCCAGUUUCUUUCUUUAGAGCGCUGUAUCAUCGGUUCUUAUGUGAUGCAGACACAGGGCUUACUGUAGACGGGGCUGUUCCUGAUGAGAUGGGUGCUUCUGAUGAUUGGUGUGAUAUGGGAAGGUUAGAUGGUUUUGGAGGAGGUGGAGGCUCCUCAGUCCGAGAGCUUUGUGCAAGGGCAAUGGCCAUUGUAUAUGAGCAACAUUAUAAAAUAAUAGGCCCUUUUGAAGGUACCGCACACGUUACGGUUCUCUUGGAUAGGACUGAUGAUAGAGCGUUGAGGCACCGUCUUCUUCUUCUUUUGAAGGUUUUAAUGAAGGUCUUAUCAAAUUUAGAGGCUUGCGUCUUGGUUGGAGGAUGUGUUCUGGGUGUUGAUUUGCUGACAGCAGUUCAUGAAGCUGCAGAAAGAACUGCUAUCCCUUUGCAAUCUAACUUGAUAGCUGCUACUGCUUUCACGGAACCACUGAAGGAAUGGAUGUUUUUUGACAAUGACGGUGCACAAGUUGGACCAGUAGAGAAGGAUGCUAUCAGAAGGUUCUGGUCAAAAAAAGCAAUUGAUUGGACGACCAGGUGCAGGGCUUCUGGGAUGCCAGACUGGAAGAAAUUACGAGACAUCAGGGAACUUCGUUGGGCACUUGCUGUUCGGGUUCCUGUUCUCACUCCAAUCCAGGUAGGGGAGGCAGCAUUAUCCAUAUUACACAGCAUGGUAUCUGCACAUUCAGAUAUAGAUGAUGCUGGAGAGAUAGUUACCCCCACACCUAGAGUAAAACGGAUCUUGUCAAGCCCACGUUGCCUUCCACAUAUUUCCCAGGUGAAUUUAUUUGGAGUUUUUGACACGCUAUUGGUAGUCUUACAAUUGCUCUUCCAGUUGUGUGCCUUGUGUGGAGGGUAA